AUGGAGAAGGAAAGAAACCUGCAGAAUCAGCAAAUGAGUGCCCGCCGGGAGCCUCCACCCCCACCGCUGCCACCAAGCAGGCUGUGUAUCCGUGACAAGGAGAGCAUGAGCAAGAAGCAACCCCAAGUGACCCACACUAUGCACAAGCUCUUUGUGCCUUCCACACAUACGCAGUCCGGACAGAGAGAGGGACUCAUCAAGCACGUCCUCGCCAAGAGAGAGAAGGAAUAUGUCAACACCCAGAAUUUCAGGAUUUUCGUGGGGACAUGGAAUGUGAAUGGGCAGUCUCCAGACAGUGGAUUGGAACCUUGGCUGAACUGUGACCCUGAACCCCCAGAUAUCUACUGCAUUGGGUUCCAGGAGCUGGACCUGAGCACAGAGGCUUUCUUCUACUUGGACUCGACAAAGGAGCAAGAGUGGCUGACAGCUGUGGAAAAGGCUUUGCAUUCCAAAUCCAAGUACAAGAAAGUGCAGCUGGUGCGUCUAGUCGGAAUGAUGUUGCUCAUCUUUGUCAGGAAGGACCAGCUCAGCCGCAUCAAGGAAGUGAGGGAGACAGUGGGCACAGGCAUCAUGGGGAAGAUGGGGACCAUCUUUGCUCUGCCCCUGCAGGAUAAUAAGGGGUGUGUGACCGUGAGGUUUGUCUUCAACAAUACCAGCUUCUGCAUUGUCAAUUCCCACCUUGCUGCCCACGUGGAAGACUUCAAGCGCCAAAACCAGAAUUACAAGGAUAUCUGUGCCCAGAUGAGCUUCCUGCCCCCUGACCAGGGUCUGCUGCAGCUGACAAUCAUGAAACACGAUGGGAAGUUCUGUGUGCCAGCAUGGUGUGACCCAAUCCUCUUGAGAGGAGGCAGUGUGAAUCAGCUCAGCUACCAAAGCCACAUGGAAUUGAAAACGAGCGACCACAAGCCCGUCAGCUCCCUCUUCCUCACAGGGGAGCAGCAGCCGCAGCACAGUUCUACGGAGGGUAGCUCGGGUUCCGACUCUGAUACAGAGCAGCUGGAACCCCAAGUCGCCCAGCCAGCAGCCAAUGAGAACUCGGCCAACAGUGAGGUGCAAGGGGGCAAAAGAAAGUCCAAGAAGAAGCACACGUCGGCUAAGAAGAAAAGAAGUAAGCAGUCGGAGACGGAGGAUGAGUCAGAAUACAUGAGGGUGCACAUCUGGUUGGUGGGCCACAGCAUUGUGCAUUGGGCUAAGAAUCGAGCCAUGAGCACCGGAUAUUGUUCAGUUGAUGGACAGAAUGGAGAACGAAUUCCUUCCCUCACUGGAGCUCAGCAGGAGGGAGAUGAGACAGUGGACAUUUCCCUGGAUGUGUACGUCAGCAAGGACUCUGUGACGCUUCUCAAUUCAAGAGAAGAUAAGAUUGAGGAUAUCUUUGUCCUUCACCUUGACCUUGGCAAGGACUAUUUCCUCACCAUCAGUGAGAGCUACCUACCAAGCUGCUUUGGGACCUCCUUGGAAGCCUUGUGCUGGAUGAGGCAGCUGAUUUGCGAAGUUCCCGUCACCAGACUUAUUGACCUGGAGAAGCAGUUUCUGGAUAUAGUACCCCAAGAUGGUGAUGACUCCACUGAGCGGCCUUUGCACAUACCCAAGGAGAUAUGGCUUUUGGUGGACCACCUCUUCAAGAAUGCCUGCCACCAGGAGGACCUCUUCCAGACCCCGGGCACGCAGGACGAGCUGCAGGAGAUAACUGAGUGCCUGGACACCAGCAUUCCCGAGAUCCGUAUCCUCUUUGGGGGACAUUGGGGACAGCAGCGACCUGUGAAAUACCGGAUGUAUCCUCAUGCUCUCUGGCAGCCUCAGUUUAAAUGCUACCGGAUUGACCUGCUGGGACUCCUCAAAUGGCCCCACCCUCCUAGGUUUGAGCUUCUUACAACCUCCUCUCCAGGGCAACCCUUGUGUGGACAACCACACCCUGUCUCCCACCCGGAUGACUUCUCCUGGUCGUCGAUGCUUGUCGGCCUCCCUCUUGUAGACCUCCUUAGCCCUGUCCAAGUUCAAUUGAAGUUGUAA